AUGACGAUGAUUAUAACGUUCCAGUUAUCACAUCUCCCAAGUGCUAAGGAUACGAACGCAUCGGCCUUCUUCACCAACCGGCUCCGAAGUUUGUCCACCUACAACGAUCCUGUCCCAAAGGAGGUGACCACGAAAUUGUUCGUCACACUCUCCAUCAACAUCCUACCCUGUCCAACCAACUCAUGCCGUGACGGCCCAUACAAUGGUGGUUAUCGUAUUGCCACCAGCAUCAACAACGUGAGCUUCGUGGAAUCGAAGUCGAUGGACAUUUUGAGGGCGUACUACAAUCACAUCGAUGGCAUUUUCACAACAAACUUCCCGGACAAACCGACGAGCACCACAAAUUAUACAGGCGACAUGACUAUCCUAGAAGCUGUGACGGCCCAUGGGACAAGAGUGAAGGUGUUGGAGUACGAUUCUGUAGUAGAGGUGGUUUUCCAAGGGACGAAUUUACUCUUUGGGGUCGACCAUCCGAUGCAUUUGCAUGGGAUGAGCUUCUACGUGGUGGGUUCGGGAUUUGGUAAUUUUGAUGAGAUGAGAGAUCCCAAAAGCUACAAUCUGGUCGACCCGCCACUAGUGAACACCAUUGCUGUUCCGAGGAACGGAUGGACUGUCAUUAGAUUCAGAGCUUCUAAUCCCGUGUGGUUAAUGCACUGCCAUCUGGAGAGGCACGUGACGUGGGGAAUGCAGAUGGUGUUCAUAAUUAAUGAGGAUUUAUAA